AUGGAUGCCGAGCAAUAUCUCAGAGUAAAGGUCGGAACCUUUCCGUUCGACACUCAAGUCUGCUUGCUUCCCUUCAUGACUUGGGCCUAUGAACACUAUUACAAGCAGCUCCAUUUGAGCGGCUUCGUCAGUAUGAAGCUCCUCCACGUUCUAUACCUCAGCUCCAUGGUCCUCGGAGCCGUCUCCUACACUACAUUGGAUCCAUUCAACUCCACAGGUAGCGGCCCGCCAGCCUUUCCCAAGCCUGUACCACCAACGACGUCUGAGGAGCCAAAAAUUGAAACGAUCACGACGGUUGCGACUACCACUGGUAGGCAAAUUUCUGGACCAUCGGACAAU